GUGGUGCUUAGCGCUAUUAGGCGAGCAUGCCAUGGGCGUUAAAGACAAGGCACCUCUAGCACUACAGACCGAAGGUCAUGUCGAUCAUGGAGGAGGUUCUGAAGUUGAGGCACAAAUCCAGGGGUUGAGGCUCCAUGGGCGCUGUGCGCUGGCAAACAGGUGGAAGCUCCAUCACGCGAGGCUGAUUGAGGGGUGA